AUGGCCGCUCUCGGCGACGACCUAUUGGCGACUGUGAACAAGUUGCAGGACCUGGUCUUCAACACCAUUGGAAAUGACUCUCUCGAUCUGCCCCAGAUUGUUGUCGUCGGCUCACAAUCUGCGGGAAAAUCCUCUGUGCUCGAAAACAUCGUUGGGCGAGACUUCCUUCCUAGAGGUAGUGGCAUUGUGACUCGCAGGCCCCUGAUUCUGCAGCUGAUCAACGUCCCCAGCGAGGAUGAGGCCGAGGACCCCCUUGCCGCUAGCUACCGGAAUCCCAACCAAGCUCUCCGGAAUGAGUGGGCAGAGUUCCACCAUAUUCCCAACCGGAGGUUCACCGACUUUGGGGAUGUGAAGCGGGAAAUUGAAAAUGAGACGGCGAGAGUUGCAGGAAGCAACAAGGGCAUCAACCGCCAGCCCAUCAACCUGAAAAUCUACUCUCCUCACGUCCUGAACCUCACGCUCGUUGACUUGCCAGGACUGACAAAGGUUCCCAUCGGCGAUCAACCUACCGACAUUGAGAAGCAGACUCGAAACCUCAUCUCAGAGUACAUUGCCAAGCCAAACAGCAUUAUUUUGGCCGUGUCCCCGGCAAACGUUGACAUUGUCAACUCGGAGGCUCUAAAGCUCGCAAGGCAUGUCGACGCCCUCGGGAGGAGAACGAUUGGCGUUCUUACCAAGGUCGAUUUGAUGGACCACGGCACAAAUGCGCUUGAUAUUCUUUCCGGCCGUGUGUAUCCUCUGAAGCUGGGCUGGAUCGGAGUCGUCAAUCGGUCGCAGCAAGACAUCCAAGGUAACAAGCCCAUGGAGGAGGCAUUGAAGUCAGAGAUGGAAUUUUUCAGGCACCAUCCCGCAUAUCGGAACAUUGCGACCCGCUGCGGCACCCAAUUUCUGGCCAAAACUCUUAACACGACCCUCAUGGCACACAUCCGCGACAGGCUUCCCGACAUCAAGGCUCGCCUCAACACUCUUAUGGGACAGACUCAACAGGAGCUCGCCAGUUAUGGAGACAUGCAUUUCAGCGGCAAAGAGCAUCGAGGCUCGCUCAUCUUGACCCAGAUGACACGCUUUGCGACAUCGUUCAUAUCCUCCAUUGAUGGUACUUCUACCGAAAUUUCGACCAAGGAGCUCUGUGGUGGCGCCCGUAUCUAUUACAUAUUUAACUCGGUGUUUGGAAGCUCACUGGAAUCGAUCGACCCCACGUCGAAUCUUUCUGCGCACGACAUUCGGACGGCGAUCCGCAACUCUACCGGCCCUCGGCCCAGCCUGUUUGUCCCUGAAAUGGCCUUUGACCUGCUUGUGAAGCCGCAGAUCAAGCUUCUCGAAUCCCCAAGUCAACGAUGCGUUGAGCUCGUUUACGAGGAGCUCAUCAAGAUCUGCCACACAUGUGGAUCCAACGAGCUUUCCCGCUUCCCCAGGCUUCAAGCUAAACUGAUUGAGGUUGUGUCUGACCUUCUCCGGGAGAGGCUCGGUCCGGCAUCGACAUAUGUAGAAUCCCUGAUUUCCAUUCAGCGAGCGUACAUCAACACGAACCACCCCAACUUCCUUGGCGCCGCCGCGGCCAUGAGUCACGUUGUUAGCAACAAGCAAGAGCGGGAGAGAAAGCGCCUGAUUCAAGAAGAGCGGGAGAGAAGAGAACGGAGGCGGCUAAAGGAGCUCGGCGCCAACGGCGCGGACACUCCCGCUGAGGAGGAGGAGGACAAGGGGACGCCAGAAAAAGAAUCCAUCGCGAUACGAAAGGCGGCUGCCAAGAACGUCCGUAGCCUUUCACCUGCGGUACGCGAAUCUGCAUCAGGCGGUCUUGCUGCUGCGCUUAACGGAGGUCGCUCGGACUCUCCUGCCCGGUUGAACGGACAAGGGUUAGGCAACGCGAAAGAUUCGUUCCUUAACUACUUCUUUGGUAAGGAUGGCGCCAUUGUGCCGGGAGCACCACCUCCUCACUCACAAAUGGGCCGCCAUAUCAACCAAAUGUCGGAGCCUACCUUUAGCCAGAGCAUGAGGCGGCAAGAAGAGAAGCCGAUGCGAUCUCCCAUGAUGCCGCUCAGAAGUGACGAUAAUCUCGACUUUACGUCCAAGACCACCGAAACUGCCGAUGGUAGCAGCGAUCCAGCCAUGACGGACCGCGAAGCUAUGGAAGCGGAGCUUAUUCGGGCGCUAAUCAGCUCCUACUUUAACAUUGUUCGUGAGAGCAUUGCGGACCAGGUGCCCAAAGCCAUCAUGCACUUGCUCGUUAACCACUGCAAGGACGUGGUUCAGAACCGCCUGGUGAGCGAGCUGUACAAGGAGUCGAUGUUCGAAGAGCUCCUGUACGAGGAUGAUGCCGUCAAGAAGGAGCGUGAGAAGUGCGAGAAGCUGCUCCAGACCUACCGCGAGGCGGCCAAGAUCAUCGGCGAAGUCGUAUAG